AUGUCAAGGCUAUUAAACCCCUUCCAAAUUAAACAUAUUAACAAAACUGUUCUUAAACAACUAUCAACACCUGAUUUGCUCGAGCAUUUACACUUUGUAAAAAAAACACAGAGUGGAUUAUUCCAGUAUUUACCUCUGGGGAAACGAACCAUUGAUAAAUUAAAUAAUUUAAUACAUUCAAAAUUACAAAAUGAGCUAGGUGCAAUUCAGUUGGAAUUAGGUACAUUGUCAUCUAAAAAAUUAUGGGACAAAACUGAAAGAUGGACUAAGCAAGGUAAUGAGCUGUUCAAAUUGAAGGAUAACAAAGGCAACGAUUUCUGUCUUGUUGCUACAUGUGAAGAAGAUAUUACAGAUUUAAUGGGGAAUUAUAUUAAGUCUUAUAAAGAUAUGCCAUUUGUUGUCUACCAAUUAAAUAAAAAAUACAGAGACGAGAAAAGACCCCGCGGUGGACUAUUGCGUGGUAGAGAAUUCUUAAUGAUGGAUGCAUAUUCUUUUGCAACAACGGCAAAGGACUCGAGAGAAAUAUUUGACAGGACAAAUGACGCUUAUGAUUCUAUAUUCAAAGCUUUAAAAGUUCCCUAUACUAAAGCUUGGGCUGAUAAUGGUGAUAUGGGUGGCGAUAUUAGUAGAGAAUUCCAUUUUGUUGAUAAGAAUGGGGAAGAUACAUUAUUUGAAUGUUCUAAUUGUCAUAAUACUACUACGCAAGAAAAAACUGAAUCCUUCCCACUCAUAGAAGGCCAAGAAUUUGGUGAUAUCGAUGUUAGAUAUGCCUUAUCCAACGAUCAUAAUUCACUUAUCUGUUAUUAUUACCCCAAAAAUCGUCAGUUGAACUGGAAUCUUGCUCUUAAAGCAAUGGGUCAUGAUGUUGAUUCCAAUUUGAAAUUAUUACCAAAUAAUAAAAUAUUAGAUAUCUUUAGAAAUGAAAAUCAUGAUUUGAUGUUUGCUAAGUUUAUAAGAGUUAUAGAUUGUAGAAUAAAUACAAGAUCAAAAUUUCCUGGAUUUCCAUUUAAAAAUUACCUUAAGAACAACUUUGGUCAAAUUGACGGAAUAUCAAUAGUAAAUGCAAUCGAUAAAGAAAGAUGUGCUAAAUGUAAUGAUGGUAUAUUGAAAUCAUGUCGGUCAAUAGAAAUCGGUCAUACAUUUGUGUUAGGUACUAAAUAUUCUAAACCAAUGGAUCUAAAAUUUAUGGAUAAAGAGAAUAACAUUACUGACAAUUACGUAGAAAUGGGUUGUUAUGGUAUUGGAGUUACUAGAAUUGUUGGAUCCCUUGCUGAAAUGUUAAGAGACGAAAAAGGAUUAAAUUGGCCUGUUGCCAUUACUCCUUAUUUAGUAUCAGUAUGUGGUAUCGAAAAUAAUAAUGCCUCUUUAACUUCGCAAAUAAUAGAGAGAUUAUCUUUUUCACCUACAUUAAAGGAUAAUAUAUACCAUUCGUUUGAUAGCAAUAGUUCUUUAGGUGCACAGGUAGAUAUAUCGCAUGCUCUCGGAAUUCCACUGAGUGUAAUUGUAGGGCCAAAAUCGUGGCCUAGGAUUGAAAUCGAAGUAAGAAGACAACCAAUAGCUUCUAGAGAAUCUAAAUGGAAAGACGUUUAUAAUCAAAAGAAAGAAGAAUUUGACUGGGAAGUAAUAAAUGCUUCCAGCGAUAAACAAUUAGAAAAGCAUAUUGUGUCCCAAGACCAUGCUGUCUCAGUGAUUGAACUUCUUUUAAAGUACUUAUGA